AUGACCGAGAUCUCGACCCAGCCACCCGCAGAAGCGCCCGCGGCGGGACCGUCGACGUCCGCUCCACCGCCCGCAACCAACGGCGACGCACAACAGGCGAACGGCGAUGUCGAGAUGGCAGACGGCCAUGCGGACCAGGGUGUGCAACUGCCGCCAGGCGCGAGCGAGGUCCUCUACGUUAACAACCUCAACGAGAAGAUCAAGCUGGACAUCAUGAAGCAAUCGCUGAAAGUGCUGUUCCGCGAGUACGGCCGCGUGCUGGGUGUCACCGCGCACCGCAACGUCCGCAUGCGGGGGCAGGCGUUCGUCACGCUCGACUCGAAGGAGGCGGCUGUAAAGGCGGUCAGGGAGGUGCAGAAAUUCCCGUUGUAUGGCAAGCCCAUGCAACUCACGUUCGCGCGGACAGAAUCGGAUGCUCUGGUGCAGAAGCGGCAUCCAGAUGACAUGGAGGCGCACAAGAAGGCACGGUUGAAGAGGAAGAAGCAAUCGCGACGAGACGACCCUGCGCGGAGGAAGAAGCUGGCGGCGAAGGCGGCGGCGAAGCAGGCCGCCGAGACUGGUGCCGCUCCCGUUGCUGCUGCGCCCACUCAGCGUCGCAUUGUUCAGAUGCCGGACGAGUACCUCCCGCCGAACAAGAUUCUCUUUGUUCAGAACUUGCCGGACGACACGACGAAGGAGGGUCUCGAGGCGCUCUUCCGGCCAUUCCCCAACCUCGUCGAAGUGCGCACGAUUCCCGGCCGCAAGAACAUUGCUUUCGUCGAGUUCGCCGACGAGCAGUCUUCGGGUGUCGCGAGGGACGCGUUGCACAACACCAAGUUCUCGGGCACGACGGGCGCUGUUAUGGCGCAGAGCGAGGAGGGCCUGAAGAUCAAGGUGACUUUCGCGAAGAAGGGAUGA